UUUCAGAAGAAGAAUUAUAUGCACUCUCUGAGAAGAAACAACACUUGUUAAAAGAACUGGAAUCCAAGCAGAAAGAAUUGCAAGAAGCUGAAACUCUUGAAACUAGCCAACCAGACAGUAUCAGUGCACAUAAACUACAGGAGCUAAAUGAGCAAAGAAGAUGUUUAACUGUAGAGCUAGAGACAACUAUACAGGAUAUACAAAAAAUAGAACAUUGUGCUUCAGAAGAAGCCUUAAUGAGAAGAUCUGAGGAAAUAAAAUUGCAUAAAUUAUUUGCAUGGAAAAAACUUUUAUUGGAACAUUUGGAAUCAAAUCUGAAACUGCAUGAAGAAGUCCAGACUAUGCAACCAGAUAAUACCACUGAAAAAAAGAUACAGGAAACAAAUGAGCAAAGAAAACUCUUAACUGAAAACCUGGAGGCAGUUGUGGAAGAUGUAGAAGAAAUGAAAGAUUAUAUUUCAGAAACAGGAGGAAUUAUCAAAUACCUUGAAAAGGAUGUAAGUACACUCUAUCAGACGAAACAAUUGUUUUUGGAACAUUUGGAGACAAAUUUAAAGAACCUUCAAGAAGCUCAGACUGUUGCUACUACUCAUCCAAGCAGCAUCAAUGAACAAAAGGUUAGUGAUCUCACAAAUGAAAGAAGGCUUUUGAUUGCUGGUCUUGAAGCACUUAUUCAAGAUUUGCAAGAUAUGCUGGGUAUUACUAAAGAAAAAGUUAAAUCUAAAAAACAGGUUUUGGAGGAACUAUGUGAACAAAAAGGAUUUCUCUUAGAAAAUUUGGCAUCAAAUCUGAAAUACUUGAAACAAACACAGUCUCUUGCAGCUGCUCAACCAGACAGUACUAAUGAGCAAAAUGUACAAGAACUCAUUGAAGAAAGAAAGCUUUUGUCUCUAGCCUUAGAGGGAAUUGUACAAAAUAUUCAAAAUAUACAGAAACUUGAAUCAAGCAAAGCUGAAAUACUAACACCCAGUGAAAUAGAGGAAUUAUCUGAGAAGAGAAGGUUGUAUUUGGAUAAUAUGGAAUUAAAUAUGAAAGAUUUGAAAGAUUUGCAGACCACUGCAUUUAUUCAGCCAGAUAAUGAGCAGAUAGUUCAACAGCUAGCUGAGAAAAAAAGAGCUUUGGUGGACAGUCUGCAUGGAAUUAUUCAAGAUAUGGAACAAGCACAAAACUUUGAUUUAGAAAAUGGUUUGAUGAAAAUAUCUGAUGAGAGAAAAAUACAUGAGCUGCUGGUGCUUUCAACACUAGAAUCAAACUUGUAUGAACUGGAAGAAAUAGGGGCUCUUUCAGAUAAUCAGCUGGAUGUUAUGAAAAGAAGAAUGCACAAUAUAAACGAACGAAGUAAGAGUUCAGUUCAAAGACAUAACAUAAUUUAUUCCAGAGAACAUUUAAAAGACAAUAUACUUGAUAGACAAAAAGAUGCAAUACAAGAAUUUCUUGAACGAAAAAAACAUUUGUUUUCAUAUCUGCAAGCAAGUAUCAAAAAUCUGCAACAAAAAGGCAUUAUUCGGAAAGAUGUAUCUGAAAAAGAUAUUCAGGACAGAGCAGAAAAAGAAAUGGAUUUGAAUGACUAUCUCAUGGUAUUUCCAAUAGAUAUACUACAAUCAGAGGUUGCUGCUUUUAGUGCAAAAUUCAAACCUGAUGAUGAGAAGACAGCAAAACGAAGAGCUUUGACUGCAAAACUAGAAGCAAAUGUAAGAGAUUUACAAGUUGCUUUUGAAAAAGAGAAAAUAGAAAAAUCCAGAGAGGAAUCAAGAGAUCACUUACAACCAAUAAUUAGAUGGAAGACUAGUAUAACUCAACCAUCAGAUCACCAACUGUUCAAGGCGUCACUUUCAGCACUACAAAUAACCAGACCUCCUAUGAUUAGAAAUCUCAGAUAUGAAGAGACCACCCUAGAUAGUACAAAAUCAGAUGGAAGACCCACCAGUUCUAUCAUACAGCAGCACAGCGAAAUUCUAAGGAGGGAAGUAGACUUGCCAUCUAAAUGUAAACUUGCCACACAGUCUUUGCACAGACCACCUGGUCUUUUACCAAGUGAACUCAGCAAGCAACCUGCAGUCAUUGCAUUUCAAGAAAUUCUAGAAUAUAACAGGACUCUGCUUCCAGGCCAUAAAACAAAUCUUAGGCAAGCAUUUCAAUUUGCACAGCAACGGUUACUACAGCAACAGACUAAUCUUCUUGCUGAAAGGUUAAAAGGUAUGUCAUUAUUUUUGCCCCAACCAGCUGGCACUAGUAGGUUCCAAGUGUUUAGUCUGCAACCUUCAAAACCAGUAUGGGAAGCAAACCAGUUAACACAGAAGUGCUAUUCCCAAAAGCUGAAUUUGUUAAAGAGAAGACUAUUGGGACCAGAGAUAAAAAGCAAUAUAAAAGGGGGCACUUGCUCUUCACCCUUUCAGGGACUAACUCCUCUGGCUAAUCAAGUUCAACAUUUGGAUUCAAUCGCUAUUUCUGGAAAGGGAUACCAUCCUCAGAGAAAACUUGGAACUUCUCCAGGUAUAUGGCAAAAUCUAAGAAACAACUGAUCUAAUUUUAGUCUUUUUUUGGAUUAAUUCAGUACUGUCUGCAGCUAACUUAUAACAUUCAACUUUGCUGAAUUGUGAUAAGGAAAAAUUAAGACAUACUUGAUGAAUCUGUUUUGAGACCUGUGAAAACUGUAAUCUGCAUUGGAAUGGCAGUUAAAAUAAAAGAAAGCUGAACUACCAGAA